GAGGUAGGGAGACGGGAUGGGAACUGGCCGGGCUCACCAUACAAGCAGCGUCUUGUCUCCAGUUAAUCAGGGUCAAGCUACCCUUUAAGUGGCUUUUUCGACUAGUGAGCACUUAGUACUCAUGAUGACGCGUUCUGGCCACGUCACUACAGUCCACAAGGAAGAGCCGCCCCCAGUGUUCACCCGCACAGAGGCCAAGAAUAAUUAUCAAGAAAUCCCCAAGGCGGUGGUGAAACGUCACGGAGGAGCGUCAGGUGUACAAGGUCGCGAGCUCUCGUCUCGUGGAAACCUCCAACACCCACCCUGAGGAAUCCCUGGAAGGAAGUUGGAGUAUCCGUACACCCUCGGAACCCACGACGGCAGAGGGCUCCGAGCUCAGGCGUCUGGGCACAAGGCCGCGCGUCCGACGUUCGGGAGUUAAUUCUGCGUCCCCCUUCCCCGUCGCCAGGUGGCGCCUUAUGGCUAGGUCGGCGGUAAGUCUGUAGACGGCGCCCGCUAAACCGAGAACGAAUCCUACGGUUCGGCGGAAAGAAAGAAGCAAGGCACUUUGUAGUUCUCACCCCACCUUCCCAAAAGUCUUUUUGUGGCGCAGGUCUGAGGGGAACUCCAGGUAUCCAACCGCACUCAAGCGUCCUUCCCGCCGGCUCAGCGUGGGACCGGUAUCCCGGCGUCCUCUCGGCCUGCGCUGCGGGGUGCAGCCGCUCUGGCCCGCGGCCGGCAUCUCUGUGGUGCAGACAGAGGCGGGCGGGGAGGGGCGGGGCCUCCGUUCGCGCCACGGGCUUCAGCCGCGAGAGCAGAUGGUGGGUGCGGCUGAGCUGCUCGAGGAACCCGGCGGGAGGGGCACGGUCUGGACGCCGCCAAACUGCGUCCUGAGGUGGGAGGCCAGAGGCGGGGACCAGCUGAACCUGAAGUCUGGAAGAUCCAGGUUCCCGAUGGGGAGGGCGUGCAGGAGCAGCCGACUUGCGGGACCCGAGACUGUCGGAGUGCUCAGUCCUUACUGGUCGGUGGCCCCGGGAUCUGGGCGGUCCCUGCACCGCCCUUCGGCUUCAUCCCGCCUUCUUGGUCCCUUAGGCGUCCUGCCCUUGCCAAGGUUUCUCGCCCCUCGCGUUUCCCAGGCUCAGGGCUGAGUGCCGGGGGUCUUGCCGGAGCUGCCCGUUUUCAUUUUAACAGCGUGAGAGCCCUUAAUGCGCCCCUGCUCCUGGAGGCGUGAUUGUGAUGAGUGUAACAGGCUCCCUUCCCUGCGGACGGAGGGGUUUCCUACCCUAUUUUCCUAAUAGACAUUUUAAAAAUUACUGCAUCACGCCAACCUUGGGAAAGAAAGACUUUGGGAAUUUGCCAAGACUUGCUGAAAUUCAGAAUUGCUGAGGAUUUGCUUACCUGCUUACCCCUUGUAUUAAUAAAGUAAAAUAUUAAGGAACCUGCCCAACAAAAGUGAGUAUGUAAAGUAAACAUAAAGCUGUUUGACAAUUUAAGAGGUUCUGAAGUUCAUUCUGUUUGUAGGGGGAGGAGCAGGAAGUGAAAAAGGAAAAAGGAAAAUGGGACGCUUAGUUAAUCGAAAUAUCUGCACCAAUAAUUGGAGUGGAAUAGAUGUCAGAAUUGUGUUUCUGGGACCAUAAUUAUUUAUACCUUUCUUGAAAAUAGAAACUAUUGUUUUAGUUAUCUAUUCUUGCAUAACAGAUUACCCCCCAAACUUAGAGGCUUACAGCUGAACAUUUAUUAUCUCACUGUAUGUGGGCCAGGACUUGAGAAGAGGCUUAGCUGAGUGGUUUUGCUCAGGGUCUCAUGAAGUUGUAGUCCAAAUGGUGGCAGGGCUGCAGGCAUCUGAAAACUUGACUGGGGCUGAAGGAUCUGCUUCCAAGUUCACUCAAUUGAGAUUUUGUUCCUUUCUCAUCAAGCAAGUUGUUUAAACUUUCCAUUUAAAAUGCAUUUUGUGCUGCCCCAUUAUGUGUAUCUGUUCCUAUUUGUAAACCACAAAAUAGUUAUUUUCUAUAUAGUAAGUUUUUCUUUUUCAGGUCACUUUAAAUUUGGAUCAUCAUUUAAAUACAUGAAGUGAUCUUCUGAUGUUUCACUUUGCUCGUGACACUUUACUGGCUGCUUGAUCCUUUUAGUAUCUGGACUCAUCAAGUAAAAUGUAAGGGUGACUGGGAAUGUAAACAAGAAGAAGCUGUGUGUCUCCCGAUGGCUGUCAGUACAUGCUAACGUAGUGUUGGUGAUGGCAUCCGAGACUGAGAAGACCCAUGCUUUGCUCCAGUCUUGCAGCCCUGGAUCUCUUAUUUCCAGCCUUGGUCUGGGGCUGUUUUGCUUCGUGGCUGAUAGACUUCUUCAGUUUUCCGUAAUUCAACAAAAUGACUGGCUUCGAGCCCUCUCAGAUAACUCAGUACAUUGUAUGAUUGGCAUGUGGUCCUGGGCAAUAGUCAUCGGAAUCAAGAAGAAGACUGACUUUGGAGAAAUCGUUUUAGCUGGAUUUUUAGCCUCUGUUAUUGAUGUAGAUCACUUUUUUCUAGCUGGAUCCCUGUCUUUAAAGGCUGCUCUGGCUCUUCCUCGAAGACCUUUCCUUCACUGUUCUACUGUGAUACCCGUUGUGGUUCUGACCCUGAAGUUUACUAUGCACCUUUUCAAGCUCAAAGACUCAUGGUGCUUUCUUCCCUGGAUGUUAUUUAUAUCCUGGACCUCACACCAUGUCCGAGAUGGAAUUCGCCAUGGCUUGUGGAUGUGCCCAUUUGGAAAGACUUCUCCUUUGCCAUUCUGGCUUUAUGUAAUCAUCACAUCGUCUUUACCUCACAUCUGUUCAUUCAUUAUGUAUUUCACAGGGACCAGACAGAUGAUGUCUUCAAAACAUGGAAUUCAUAUUGAUGUCUGAGGUAACCAUGUGGCAGUCUUAGAGGAGCACUGGUUGAGACAAUGAUAUUUAAGGAUUGCCAACAUUAAAGUGAAUUUUUAAAAAGGUGUUAGGUACUUAACAUUAAUUACUAGAAUUCCUGAGUCCUCUUGCUCAAGAGGCAUGUACAAUUUUUAAAAAUUAUAUAUUUGUUGUAUUCCUCUUUUCCGUAACACUCCAGUGCAAUAUUAGAGUUUUGUUUAUUCCAUGAUACAUUUGUAUUUUUCUUCUAUUUAUCUGGCUUUACUAAUGUUAUUAGAUUUACAUCUAGUUAAGUUUUCUGGAAGUAUGCUUUUAAGGUAGUUCAUUUCCUGGUGAGAAACAGCUCACAUUUUAGGAUGACUGAUUUGUGAAAAGUUAACAUUACAUUUGGAGCCACAGUUUCCUGAGAUGGUGAAACAAUGAAAUGGGCAAAGUAUAUGAGAUUAUAAGUAAGAUGUAUAGUGAAUGCUAACAUUUCUUUAUGGCACAUAUUUUGAUCCUGACUGAAGUUUAAUUUGCUAAGGGCUUUAGUCAGUUUUGACUACUGGCAGAGUCUUGUUUCAAUGCACUUAUGUUAUAAUAUUCACAAAAGACAGUAACAUGAGACCUAGGCUGUUGUUUCAGAAAUAACUUCAGGAAAUAAUUACUGUAAUAUGUUGGCUCUAAUAACAUCUUACCAAAGUAUUAUUUUUUCAGUAUCUCUGCCCCCAGAUCUCGUAUGUUGGAGUUUUAACUGUUUUGAAAAACAUACCUAAACAUAACAAAAUAUUUGUUCAAAAUUAACAUUAACAAAAUAUUGAUACUUGCUCAUAACCAUAGAAUUCACACAAAAAGGACUUGAAUCAAUGUCAUUUCAAAUGUAAACGCCUGAAUGUACCAUUAAAAUUAUUUGUUGCUGUCAAUUUGUUUAUGUACUAUUCUAAAAUAUUACACCAGUUAAAUUGUUUUUUUAAAUGUGCCUGAUACUGAGAAACAAAACUUUUUUUUUUUCCAGAAUAAAGUAGUUUUAGGAAAUUGGCUAUUUCCUUUGUUCUUUCAGGUUGAUCGUCUGUAAAAAAUGAUUAACCUUUAUUAGAGAAGGAAAAUUGAGUUGCUGUAAGUUUCACAUUUGCACAGUUUAAUGUUACUUUGAUAUAAUAGUCAGUGCCCCAGAAGUACCUGCUUUUUUGUGGCAUUUGUACCAUCUGCUGUCUUCAGAUUUUCUUACAUAUUUGUGUUCUGUCAUGCUGAUGCUUGUGUGCCUUAUUCUCUGACAAGGGAUGAAGCAAUGCCUUAUCCAAAGCAGAUUUUUCAUGUUUAUUAAACAGAGUUCUGUAAAUUGUUACAAAGGGGCAAGCUCUUUAGUUUUUCCUUUUGUUUUUAACCAGUUGGUUGCAGUCUCUUAUGUUUUACAAUUUAUUAGAUCUUACAGUCUGUUACUGUCUUUGGAGAGCAAUUAUUGUGUCAGUUUGGUUGGUUUCAUAGUAUUAUAUAGUGGGGUAAAUUUGAUUUAAGGAAGAGAUUUUUUUUAAGUGUAUGAUUUUAGAAAUCCAUGGAAAUAAAGCAUAUAUAUUGUGUAACUUUUUCUGACUAAAUUAUAAAACACUCCCUUUUUUUCCCUCUCCAUACUAAACAAAGGAAUAUCAUAAAAUUAAAGGGCUUUAUUUAAGAAUGUCACAUUGGCAUUUGGGGGGUUGUCCCAACUUUAUUAGAAUGGGAAUCCACUUUGACCAUGACUCCUUGCUUAAACAGUAACUGCAAAUUUUAAAUGUGGUUUAGCUUUGUUCCUACCUCUGCUGUCAGUAAUGUUUCUUUCCUCUAAAUGGUCUCUGAAAGCUGUGAUUAUACCCUCCAGAAAUAUAGCAACCAAUUUCCCAUGCCACCAUUCUGUUCCUUUUUUUUAGUGAAAGAGUUUGUGUCAAUACAAC